AUGCCUGCUGUUCCUGCUAAUGUGGACAUUGGUGUUGCUGUUAAUCCCGGUGUUAUUGGUGGCGGUGGUGGUGAUGCAAUCACAUCUGGGUCCAAUGAUAGUAAUGUGUAUCCUUUUUCUCGUUCAGGCCCCUCAUCACAAAAUGCGCCGAAAAAGCAACGUGUCAAAGUGUCGUAUUUAUCUAGGCCCUUGUCUACAAAUGAAAAGACAAACCUGGAUAAAUUAUUGUUGAAUAUGAUGGCAAUCGAUUGCCAGCCUUUUAGCAUUGUCGAUGAUGAGGGGUUUAAGUCGUUUGUAUACGGAUUAAACCCAAACUAUGAAUUACCCGAUCGGAAAACGCUGUCUACUACCCUUUUGGCACGUGAGUAUGAAGAGCGGUUAGCAACAAUUAAAUCUGUUGUAAGCACGGAAUGCAGCAGUAUGUGCAUAGCAGUAGACAGUUGGACAUCGCGUACAAUGCAGCCAUACAUAGCCAUUACCGGUCAUUUUAUAAAUAAAACUACAUUGGACUUUAAGUCUAUACUUUUACAAUGCAGCCUUCUAGAUGGAACUCAUACGGGAGAAAACAUUGCUCAAGCAAUUAGUUCAGCAAUAUGUGAAUGGAAUUUGACAGAUAAAAUUAAUUUUUUUGUUACCGACAAUGCACCAAACAUGCUAAGUGCAGCAAACAUUUUAGGGUAUUCUCAUUACGGAUGUUUCGCUCAUACGAUAAAUUUGAUAGCUAAAAAUGCCUUGGCACUUCCCGAUGUGGACAGCGCGAUAGUUAAAAUUAAAAAAAUUGUUGCCCAUUUUAAGCGCAGUUCUCAAGCAAAAGAGCAACUGCUGCGAUAUCAAAUUAAUUCGCAAGGUAUAGCUGAAGGAAGUGCACUGACAUUAAUUAUGUCUGUGCCGACAAGGUGGAUUUCGACAUUUCUUAUGUUGCAGCGCUUUGUUCAUCUGCAGGAAUCUAUUAAGGCAACUGUUCCUAAUUUGAAUGUAGAUUUGCCUGUAAUACCACUCCAAGAAUGGAAAUGUUUAGAGCAAAUUUGUGAAGUUCUAAAACCUCUUUAUGAGGCCACUUUAAUUAUGAGUGGAGAUAAUUACUUGACAGCUAGUAAAGCCAUGGUUAUUACACAGGGCCUUUUAAAUAUGCAUGCGCAAAUGGCGUCAAAUAAUACUUUUUAUGAACCCGUCCAAAAAUUAGCGAAGGAUAUUGAUGUAGGCCUAAAACAAAGGUUAUCGAACAUAAAUUAUAAUUUACACAUCACCGUGUGUACAUUCUUAGAUCCAAGAUUUAAACAGUUUGCUUUCGAUAACGAAACAUUAAGAAUAACUAAAACGUACAUAAUUAAAGAGAUUUGUAACAUAAUUGGUGAGGAUCAACCGAGUACCAUUCCAGAAAGUUGUGCGCCAGAACUUUCCCUUUGGAACGUAAUUGACCAAAAAAUAUCAGCCUCACAGCCACCCCGUUCCACACAUACUAAAGUUUCAGAAGAAGUAGACAUGUACCUGAAACAAGUUGUCAUAAACAGCGAAAGUUGCCCUCUUGAGUGGUGGCGUGGUCAUAAAAUUAUUUACCCAUCCUUAUUCUUAAUAUUCGUGAAAUACUUCAAUAUAAUAGUGACAUCAGUGCCCUGUGGACGUGCUUUUUCCAAGGCGGGACAUUUGAUUAACGAUCGACGUACAAGGCUCACAUCGAGUAAAGUGGCAAAACUAAUGUUCCUACACGGCAAUAAAACCUUUUAA